AGAGACAAUGCUACCAUUGCCUGGAAAGCUCCUGAAGAUGAUGGUGGUUCUCCCAUUACUGGUUAUAUCAUUGAGAAGAGAGACACCAAGAGAAAUAACUGGUCUAAAGUUGGUAAAGCACCAGCAGGAUCAACAGAAUACAAUGUACCUGGUUUGAUCGAGGGUACUUCUUACUAUUUCCGAGUUAUUGCAGAGAACAAGGCUGGACAAAGUGAUCCAUUAGAAACUGAGAAACCAGUCACAGCCAAGACAGAUUUAGAAUGGAAAGCACCAGAAACAGAUGGAGGAUCUCCUCUUACUGCUUACAUCAUUGAAGUCAGACCAACUAGUAGAUCCACCUGGACCAAGUCAGGACGUGUCGAUGGACAAACUACGAAGUUUACUGCCUUGGAUUUGAAAGAAGGCAAUGAAUAUCUGUUUAGAAUCACUGCCAUGAAUGCUGAGGGCCAAAGUGAACCUCUUGAAUCUAAAGACACAGUCAAAAUUACCAAGAAAAUCUUGCCUCCUGGUCAGGUGAGAAAUUUGAAGCCUGUUAAAGUCGGUCAAAAUUACGUUUUUCUGGAAUGGAAAGCUCCAGUUGAAGAUGGCGGUUCCAAGAUCACUAGCUAUAAAAUUGAAAAGAGCGAUGCCAAAACAGAUCAGUGGGUCAAAAUUGCUGAAAUCAAGGCUUAUGAUAACCAAUAUAAGAUCUCAGAUCUGACAGAGAAUUUGGAAUAUUAUUUUGCUGUUUCUGCUGGCAAUGAAGCUGGAUUUGGUAUUCCCGAAGAAACAGAUUCAGCCAUUACUCCAAAACGACCUGAAGGACCCCCUCAAAAACCAGUUGGACCUCUGACAAUUAGUGACGUGGAUCGAACCUCUGCCACCCUGUCCUGGAAACCUCCCACAGAUGAUGGUGGAUCACCAAUAACAGGAUAUGUAGUCGAGAGAAAGGAGGUCAGACGGCCAUCUUGGACUACCAUGGAUCAUGUGGAUGCUGAAACCACAGAAUACAAGGCUAUGAACCUGAUUGAGAGUACUGAGUAUUAUUUCCGAGUUAUUGCCCAGAAUAAACAUGGUGCUAGUGAACCACUAGAGACUGAAACCACCAUUAAACCUACCACUGAUUUGACAUGGAAAGCUCCAGAAUCUGAUGGUGGACUUCCACUGAAAUCCUACAUUAUUGAGAUGAGACCCUCCACUAAAUCUGUUUGGGACCAAGUUGGUAGUGUGGAUGGACAAACUACAGAAUUCACUGUUCCUGACCUGAAACCAGGUAGCGAGUAUCAUUUCAGAGUUAUUGCUGUUAAUGAUGAAGGUCAAAGUCCUGCUCUGGAAGCCAAACAAACAGCUGAACCUAAGAAAAAGAUAGACAUCAUAUCCUUUCCAGAGAAACCAGGUGCACCAGAAGGACCUAUCAAAUUCUCAGAAAUCAACAAAACAUUCUUAACUCUGUCAUGGGGUAAAUGUAAAGAAGAUGGUGGAUCACCUAUCACAGGCUAUAUCAUUGAAAAAAGAGAGUCCUGGAAGACCAGCUGGAGUCCAGUGACCACUGUUAAACCAGAUAUCACCAGCUACUGUGUCCAGAAUCUUAAAGAAGGACAGGAAUAUAUUUUCCGGGUCUUGGCUGAUAAUUUAGUAGGAAGAUCAGCUCCUUUGGAAUCAGAGAGUGUCACUCCAAAGAGCCCAUACAGUAAGUAUUUUUCAGACACCAUUUUUUAA